UGCUGAUCUGACCCAGAAUCAGUCCAGGUGUGGAGUGUGUGAGCAGGUACUGAGGGACCCAGUCAUCACCACCUGUGGGCACAGUUUCUGCAGGCAGUGCAUCAGCAGCGACUGGGAGCAGCCUGGACUACCAGGAGACCAAGCCUGUCCCCAGUGUGGCAAGACAUGCAGAACCCAACCUCCUCUACAGCCUCCUCUGGAUGAACACACAGAUAUGAGCACACAGGGUGAACACACAGGCCUGAUCAACAGCAGAAGACACCUGCACACUGAACAUACACCAGGCAGAAAGAGGGAACUAGAUGAGGACAUGAGGAGAGUUAUAGAGAAUCACAAAGUCAGUCUGAAGAGGAGGUUUGAGAACAUAUCUGAAGGCAUCAUCAAACCAGGAGCUGAGAUUCUCCUCAAUAAGAUCUACACAGAGCUCUACAUCACAGAGGGAGAGAGUGAAGGGGUGAAUAAGGAGCAUGAGGUUUGGCAGGUAGAGUCAGCAUCCAGAUCUCAAUCCACAGAAGACACACCAAUCGACUGCAAUGACAUCUUCAAGCCCUUACCUGGACAGAAGAAGCACAUCAGAACUGUGAUGACCAAAGGUGUUGCUGGCAUUGGAAAAACAGUCUCAGUGCAAAAGUUCAUUCUUGAUUGGACAGAUGGGGUAGCCAAUAAGGAUGUAGAUUUUAUGCUCCCCCUUUCUUUCCGUGAGCUGAAUUUAGUCAAGGGUGAUCAGUACAGUCUUCACAGGCUCCUGCUGGACUUCCACCCUGAGCUGAAAAAGCUGAAUGAUGGUGAGGAAUACAAAGACUGUCAGGUUGUGUUCAUCUUUGAUGGUUUGGAUGAGAGUCGGUUGACUCUGGAUCUGGAACAGAACAGUAAGUUGUCUGAUGUGAAACAAACAUCAUCAGUGGAUGUUCUGAUGACGAGCCUCAUUCAGGGAACUCUGCUUCCCUCUGCACUCAUCUGGAUAACCUCACGACCAGCAGCAGCCAGUCAGAUUCCUGCUCAAUACAUCGACCAGGUAACAGAAGUACGAGGCUUCAAUGACCCACAGAAGGAAGAAUACUUCAGGAAGAGAAUCAGUGACAAGAGUCAGGCCAACAGAAUCAUCUCCCACAUUAAGGCAUCCAGGAGUCUCCACAUUAUGUGCCACAUUCCAGUCUUCUGUUGGAUUGCAGCCACUGUACUUCAGCAGAUGCUGGAAAGGAAAAACAUUGAAGACAUUCCCAAAACGCUGACUGAAAUGUUCAUACACUUCUUGCUCAUCCAGACCACAAGAAAGGAUCAGAAGUAUCAGAGUGGACCUGAAACAGAUACAAAGAAACUUCUGAAAUCUCAGAGAAAAAUUCUACUGAAGCUGUCAGAACUGGCUUUCAAGAAUCUAGAGAAUGGCAACCUCAUGUUUUAUGAGGAAGACCUGAAAGAGUGUGGCAUUGAUGUCAGUGAAGCAUCAGUGUAUUCUGGCAUGUGCACUGAGAUCUUCAAGACUGAAUCUGUGGAAUCUCAACAGAAGAAGGUCUACUGCUUUGUGCAUCUUAGUGUCCAGGAGUUUCUGGCAGCUGUGUUUGUGUUUCACUCGUAUUUGGCUAAGAACCUUGAAGCUCUGAAAUCCCUCAUCAGUGAUGAGUGUAGAGAUGAACUCAAUCCAUCAAUGUUAUCUUCUCUUCAAUCAGCACUAGGAUUAAAAGACAAUUUACAUGUUUUACUUAAGAGUGCAGUUGAUAAGGCUUUGGAAAGCCAGAACGGACACCUGGAUCUCUUCCUUCGCUUCCUUAUGGGCAUUUCUCUGGAGAGCAAUCACAGACUUCUGCAAGGUCUACUGAGCCGCACACACAACAGCUCAAAAAGCAUCAAGCAAACAUGUCAGUACAUGAAGAAGCUCAACAGAGAAGGUCUCUCUCCUGAACGAUGCAUCAAUCUUUUCCACUGCUUAUUUGAAAUGAAGGAUGAUUCCAUGCACAAUGAAAUUCAGACAUACUUAUCAUCACCAAAGAACAUCAAACAGAAGUUGUCUCCUGCCCACUGUUCAGCACUCGCCCACAUGCUUCUGAUGUCUGAGGAUGUGCUGGAAGAGUUUGACCUGAAGAAAUACAACACAUCAGAUGAGGGACGCAGGAGACUGCUCCCAGCUGUGAGGUACUGCAGAAAGGCACGACUUGCUGAAUGCAAACUCUCAGAGAAGUCCUGUGGAAUUGUGGCUGCUGUUCUACAGUCACCAAACUCCCUGACAGAGCUGGACCUGAAUCACAAUGACCUGGGGGAUUCUGGAGUUCAGCUUCUCUCUAAGGGACUGUCUAGUCCUAACUGCAAACUGCAGACAUUAAGGUUGGUGUUAGACAUGUCUUUGUAAAGGAUUAUUAUUAGGACUAGUGUGGCACAUUAUGGUUUGGUUGGUGUUUUAUGUGUCUUAAGGACUGUCCACACCAAGUUCAGUUUUCGGAUGAAAUUCACACAAAAUUAAGCAGGUUAAUAAACACAGUUAUUCUAAUUAGUCUGUACUCACUGAGGACGAAAUGAAAAUGAAAAAAAAAAUGCAAUAAUAAAAAAAAAAACAUUCGAAACUGUCUCGUUUGAUGUGAAAUUUCGUAUGCAAUAGAGUUCCUGACCAAUUAAAUAACGGCUUUUUAUAGGGUUCCGAUGUCAGCGAUGUCAUAAGUAGAAUGACAAGCAGAAAAGGCUGACACAAUGUAUGAUAUUGUAUUGUAUGAUAUUGUAUAUGAGAUAUGUCUCAUUAGGCCUAUAUGCCAAAGUCACAAAGAAUUUACGUUACAUCAGACUUUCCCAGGUUUUCAAGAGUGAGAACUCCACCACAGACAGCUUUCCCCACCACCUAACCAUCAUUUCACACAAGGACGUCGUUAGACCUAUUUU